UUUUUUUUUUUUUGAGAAACAACAGAAGCAAUCUAACAUCCCUUAUUUAUGCACAAAAAGACACCAUCAUUAAUAAAACGCUCCCUCUACCAUCAUAUAUAUAAAUAUAUACAUAUUCUUUCUCACACGCCACUCUUAAUUCUCUCUCACAGUCACUUUAGUUAACAACAACAUUUCACAUCCUCAAAUGGCUGCCAUCAUAGAACCAACAAACCUAGAACCCGAGAAGCAAACACUCCUCAGCCAUCACAAAGAGAAGCACUUCACCGCCGGCGAGAUCGUCCGCGACAUCAUCAUCGGCGUAUCGGAUGGCCUCACCGUGCCCUUUGCCCUCGCCGCCGGCUUGUCGGGCGCCAAUGCCACUUCCUCCAUAGUCCUCACCGCCGGCAUCGCCGAAGUCGCGGCCGGCGCCAUCUCCAUGGGACUCGGCGGGUAUCUUGCCGCAAAAAGCGAAGCUGAUCACUACAUGAGAGAACUAAAGAGAGAACAAGAAGAAAUCAUUGCCGUUCCUGAUACAGAGGCGGCGGAGGUAGCGGAGAUAUUUGCACAGUACGGGAUAGAGCCGCAUGAAUAUACGCCUGUUGUGAAUGCUCUCAGGAAGAAGCCCCAAGCAUGGCUUGAUUUCAUGAUGAAGUUUGAACUAGGAUUAGAGAAGCCAGAUCCAAGGAGAGCACUACAUAGUGCACUCACAAUUGCCAUUGCUUACGUCUUGGGUGGAUUGGUACCCCUCAUUCCCUAUAUGUUCAUUCCAAUAGCUAGAGAGGCUGUGGUUGCUUCUGUUGUCUUAACCUUAUUGGCAUUGCUAAUCUUCGGCUAUGCCAAGGGUUACUUCACAGGUAGUAAGCCCUUCGUCAGUGCCUUUCAAACUACCCUCAUUGGAGCUAUUGCAUCUGCAGCUGCUUAUGGCCUGGCUAAAGCUAUCCAUCCUUAAUUAAUGUUCUAGCAUUACAUCAAGAGUUACUUCUAAUAAGAGUUUUAUCUUGUAUCUUUUUCACUGUCUUAAAAAGUUGGACACUCCUCCCUUUCUAAUUUAAUCAUGUGAUAAGUAUCUUAUAUUAGCAA